AUGUCUUUCCUAAUAUCGUCGGCACGCCGACUUUCCUAUCCCGUUCUUAUCGCUGUAAGCGCCCUUUUGGUCGUUUCGAUAUACCUUCUCUCCACCAGAGGAGAGGGAGUACCAUAUCUCAACGCCGCCGGAAGGACAGCGACAACCCCACAGCUCGAGUUAGCGGAUAUCGACGAUAUUCGCAACAACACUCUUGGCUUCGAGAAGAUAUUCGUCAUUGGUCUGCCGUCCCGCACAGAUCGCCGCGAUGGGAUGAUACUCCAGACUGCCCUCAGUAAUCUCGAGUUCGAGUUUAUAGACGGCGUCGAUGGCAAAGAUAUACCUGACAAAGCCAUCCCGAGCAGCCAUGAACUUAAACGUUUAGAUAAUCCCACCUUGGGAGCCUGGCGGGCGCAUAUUAAUGCGAUUCAAGAAGUCGUUCGGAGAAACCUAUCGUCGGCGUUAAUUAUGGAAGACGAUGCCGACUGGGAUGUUAGGAUUAGAGAGCAGAUGCACGACUUCGCCUUGUCGGCACAUGCUUUGACGCAGCCUUUAACAGGGUCAUCCAAGUUUACUGACCCAACGUUCCCCACAGCCGGGAACGGUCCCUCGGCCGUUCCGGACCUUACAUUCGGCAAAUUACCCGCUACGACGGCUCCCAAGAAAUCCCCGUACGGUGAUAAUUGGGACGUGCUCUGGCUUGGUCACUGCGGAAUGCACUUUCCAUUCAUGGACAAGAAAAUCGUACCCAAGGGCCGGGUGGUGCGCCCCAACGACGUUACCGUCCCUCAGCAUAAGCAUCUAUGGUCUAUCUACGAGCCAAGUGACCUAAAACAACAGUAUCCGAGCCACACAAGGGUUGUCCACCACGUGCAAGACGGCGUCUGCUCUCUGGCAUACGCGGUUACGCAACAAGGGGCGCGGAAACUCCUAUACGAGCUUGGGUUGAAAGAUAUGACCUCGGCGUUUGAUAUCGAGCUGAGGUGGUUCUGCGAGGGGACUGGGGAGCCUAAUCGAGGUCACCAUAACUGCUUAACUGUAGAACCAUCACUGUUCCAGAUCCAUCUUCCAGCCGGUCCGAAAAAGAGCAACAGCGAUAUAUCAGAUCACGGCGAAGGUCUUCAGGAGAAAAUGACCAAGGUGCUAAGAUAUAGCGUGCGGAUGAAUGCCGAGGCGUUGAUGGAUGGUCGAUUAGACCAGCUCGUGGAUCAGUGGCCAGAUUCAUGA